AUAACUUCCGGGUGUUACGACAUCCAGUGCCUUGUGGGGUGUGGUGGGAGUCACAUCCUUCACGUGUCUAAUGUCAUAUUCCAUGUUCUGAUAAGAGCUUGAUCAUUCUCAGGGUAUUCAUUAAGAAACAAAUAAAAUACACAGAUGACCUAAUUUCACACAGAUCCACAGGAGACACCAUCAUUCAUCUAGAGGGACUUUCCUACACAUGGCACGUGACUGAGACAGAGACAGAGUCAGCGUUAUGGGGAUCCUGUAUUCAGAGCCUAUUUGCCAAGCAGCUUACAAUGGUGACCUCCACCAGGUGUACAAACUGCUCAAGGCUGAUGCCAAGAAUUUAAAUAUUCAGGAUGAAUUAUUCGGAGACACACCACUUAUAGCUGCUUGUAAGGGUGGAAAUGUCAACAUCGCCAAAUACCUUUUAGAACACGAAGCAGAUGUAUCUGUAAGAAACAAGAAACAAAGGACUUGCCUGCACUAUGCUGCAAAAAAGACAUUUUCCUUCUUGGAUUACCUCAUGAUUGUUAUUCUCAUGCCCGUCCUAUUGAUUGGAUACCUUAUAUUGAAAACAAAACAGGUGGAGCAUGUGCGGCUGCUGGAGAUGAUGAUAAACAGUAAAGCAGACAUUAAUGCUGUCGACUAUAAAGGCAACACUGCACUUCACUAUACUUGCCAGUGUAAAAGUCACAAACUCGUUCCACUGUUACUGGAGGCAAAGGCAGAUACUUUGAUACAGAACAAAAAUGGUGAAACGCCACUGGACAUUGCAAUCAGACUAAAAUUCAAAAAAAUUAUAGUAAUGCUGGAAAAAUCUAAAUGAAAUCAUUCCCUAUUUGCGUGCAAUUGGAUCGUUUUGAUAUAGUGAUCAGCUUUGAUAUGAACUGGCUUGCACUCUACUGUCUACAUUUCAAGAUGUCUUCAGGUCAAUAAACUAGCAUUCAUAAGAACUCUUAGCUUUAAA